AUGGCGUCCCCUUCACCCAAGAUCAUUCUCUAUACCAACCGCAACUGUCCCUGGGCGCAUCGUGCCCAUGUCAUACUCAAAGAACUUGGCCUCGAGUACGAGGAAGUCACUAUUGACUUGAGUGUUCCUCGUGAACCAUGGUAUCUCGAAAUCAAUCCUCGUGGUCUUGUGCCCAGUCUGUCCUAUGACGGCACAGUUAUCACCGAGUCUGGCAUUGUCGCACAGUUCCUUGCCGACGCCCACCCGUCGCAUCUCCUGCCACCAUCUGCACCGGCAGAGAACGCGCUCUACCGCGCGCGUCUGGCCUUCUUCGUCGAUGCUUUCUUCAGCAAGGCUAUACCGUCUCUUUUCGCCAGUAUCAGAUCUGCUUCGGAAGAGGAGCGCGAUACUGCCGCGGAGCAGAUGGUGGCUAACAUCGUGAAGGAGAUCGAGCCUUUGCUUGCCGACACGGAGGGCAAGGGCCCAUUCUUUGGUGGAAGCCACAAGUUGACUCUGGCUGAGGUCUUAUCGGGAUCUUUCUUGAUUCGGAUCCUGAGCUUCAGUAAGCCUGAGCAUGGCUUGGUGAGUUCGAAGCUGCCUGGUCUGCUGGAGCAGCAGGCUCCACGCUUCAAACGGUGGAUGGAGGCGACGUCUGCACACGAGAGCGUGAACUUUAUUUACAACGAGAAAGACGUCGCCGACAAGAUGCGCGCCAAGUUUGCCCCCAAGCCACAUGUUUCGGUUCAAGAUGAGUGCUUGACAGCCUUCAACGAGUUCCGUCUGAGCAAGGGCAAGACCAAGUACAUCAUCUACAAGAUCUCCGACAACAAGAGGGACGUGGUUGUCGACGCCGUUGGUCACGACCAGGACUACGAGGUUUUCCGUGAGCAGCUCGCUGCCUCCAAGGACAGCCAAGGACGUCCUGCUCCCCGGUACGCUGUCUACGAUGUCGAGUACGACCUCGGCGGUGGUGAGGGCAAGAGAAGCAAGAUCAUCUUCAUUUCUUGGGUCCCCAGCGACACCCCCACUCUCGUAAGUGACCACCCUGUGAAUGUGCUUGGGCAAGAAUUGCCUUUGGGUCAAGACUCCAGUACUGACCUCUACACGCAGUGGUCCAUGAUCUACGCCAGCACCCGCGAGGUCCUGAAGAAUGCUCUCAACCUGUCUGCCUCCAUCCACGCCGAUGACAAGUCUGACAUUGAGUGGAAGACCGUCCUUAGCGAGGCUAGCGGUGGCAAGGCUGGUAAAUAG